AUGUUCGGCAUUCGUGAGUACUUCCUUCCUCUUGGUGACCUGGAGGCUCCCGUCCACAUCUGGCUAACUCUUGGCCUUGGGAAAUGCUGCGCUGUUCUAGAAGCAAGCACACACCUACCAGCGAUUCCGCACUCUCUCCACUCUUCUUCUGCCAAUAAUACAACGGCUUCUCAAAAGAUGGCAUUGCUAACCUCUUCAUCACCUGUUUGUGUCGUGUCUGAUGACGGCAGUCGAUCGGAUGACCAAUCCCUCCAGACAAAAUCUACCAUUGGCAUUUUCGACGUUAAUGUCAGCAACUCAACUCUCACUCCCCAAAUAUUAUCUCGUUUAAUUCCAAUCACCAGCCGGGUUCGGCCGCGUAAAGAAUCGUGCGAUAGCACAGAGGUGCUAGCGAUUACACCUGCUUUAAAUGGUGCUUCUGCUUCUUCCGUCACUUCCUCAGGAGGUGCAUGUAAUAAUUUUGUUCCCACGGCCCCUUCUGUCGCUGCCCCUGCCGUAAUUUCACCACGUCUCUUCCACUUGUCACCAGCUGGCCUAGAAACUACCUUGCAGGCAGUGCUUGCAGCUCUUUCUUCACCCUUACCCAGCCUCCAGGAUGCCGGGAUGUCGGCAGGCCUUGAUUUAUUGCAUUCAGUCAACAUACUACGUCCGUUAUGGCAGGCCCAGUCGCCCAGUAAUCUAUCGGGCAUUAAAAUGCCCCUUCAUGAUUUCUACCUGCAAGUAAGGGAUUUCUUAUUCUUCGUAUAUAAAUAG